CACCAUUGAAACCCCUUCAAUUUCCUCUGUCCCUGUCUGCCGACGCACCCACACAUUCGCAUCAGUUUUGCUCUUUGAUGUACUCGGAGGAGGAGUUGUGAUGUUAUGGCGGCGGACGGCGUCGUGCCGAGGACUUUCAGAGAGCUGGUGGACGGCGCGGAGAAGAAGUUUGCUAGGGUGAGGGACUUGCCGGCUCACGGCGGCGGCGCGGCGACCGGGCACUACCUGCACAAGGUGUUCAAGGCUUACAUGAGGCUGUGGAAGUACCAGCAGGAGAACCGGUCGAAGCUGGUGGACUCCGGCCUGCAGCGCUGGGAGAUCGGCGACAUCGCGUCCCGGAUCGGCCAGCUCUACUUCACCCAGUACCUGCGCACCAGCGAGGCUCGCUUUCUCCUCGAGUCCUACAUCUUCUACGAGGCGAUUCUUAACCGCAAGUAUUUCGACGGCUCCUCCACCAACCGCAGCGUCCGGUUCAAGGAGUUGCGGUUCUACGCCAGGUUUUUGAUGGUGGCAUUGAUUUUGAACCGUUAUGAUAUGGUGAACCAGCUUGUUGAGCGGUUCAAGGCUCUCGUGGAUGAUAGCAAAGCAGCUUUUCCGGGUACAAACUUCAAAGAGUGGAGACUAGUGGUGAACGAGAUUGUUCGAUUCACAGAGGUGGACUUUGGCUCAUUAGUGGUUAGCCCCUUGCGCUAUUGUGCUCCUUUUGAUUCUUAUCCAUUGUCUCAACCAUAUGUUGCCCGCUUCCAUGCUAAGAAGGUCCUAAAGUUUCAGAAUGCAGUGCUGACAAGUUAUCAUAAAAAUGAGGUCAAAUUUGCAGAACUAACUCUAGACACUUUUAGAAUGCUCCAAUGCUUGGAAUGGCAACCCACUCGGUCUUUCUAUCAGAAGACACCUAUUGAACCACAAGAGAACAGGGCAACAAUUGACCAGUCCUUGACUUCUGGACUGAUUGGUAUGAAUUUGGCUGCAGACAUGAUGGAUCCAAAUCUCCCCUCAAAUCCAAAAAAGGUGACGCUUUAUCACCCUUCUGUGGCACAAUUGAUUGCGGUCAUUGCCACAACAUGUGAGGAACUUCCUCCAGAAAGUGUGAUGCUAUUAUACAUCUCUGCAUCAGGGAGCCAUGGUCAGAGUAGUCCAUCACAUAUGGAAAAUUCUAUAAAUCCAAGAAGAUCUUCAAAGCCUGCUGUGGCCUUAUCUCGGGCUCGUCUGCAUGAAAACCAUAUCAGCUGUAAUGGAGACCUAAAUAGCCACCCUGAAAACUCUUUGAGCUUUGGUCCUAGCAGAAAUGGAGUCCAGAACAACCUAUAUCCAGGAGAUCUAAUUCCAUUUACACGAAGACCUCUUUUCAUAAUUAUUGAUAGUGACAACAGCCAUGCAUUCAAGGUUCUGCAAGGAUCUGAAAGAGGAGAAAGAUGUGCUUUACUUCUAUCUCCUUUGAGGCCAUCAUAUAAGAAACCAACCACAGAUGUAAUCGAGGAUGGGAGCCAAUUCACCAUGUUUUUGACUGCUCCCUUGCAGGCUUUCUGCCAACUGAUUGGCCUAAAAUUUUCUGACGAGGAUUAUGAUGUUUACAAUGAUGUCAAUGCUAUCAUCUCUACUUCAUUUUCCGAAUGGGAGGUAAUGCUCUGCACAACCCCCAGCCUAGACUUGGUUUGGGCUCAGGUAUUGUGUGAUCCAUUUCUACGCCGGCUUAUCCUAAGAUUCAUUUUCUGUCGCGCUGUGCUUGCUCUAUUUUGCCUUCGUGAAGAAAGUGACCAAUAUUUGCCUGUCUGCAUCCCGGAGCUUCCUGAUUCGUUCUCUCCAGUCUCUGAAUAUGUACAACCAACCAUCAGACGACUUGCCAAUCAUCUCAACGUUUCCGAUUCUUUUCAUCUUUACUGAUUCAGUUGUUGCCAAGGAUAAUUGAGUCCCAUAGUGGGGCAUAAUUGGUGGAGCUAUGUAGUUGAAGUGAAAAUACUAACUUCUUGCUCAGUACAAUACAGAAAUAUUAUGUGGUCACGAAAAACGUAGUCUCUUCAGUGGAUGUGCAGAAGUUUGGUUUUUGUUUUUUUCGUUUCUUCACCAUUUCUACAUUAGGCUUGCCGGGAUAGCUUUCGUGCAGGAAAUCGUGGUUUAUUUUGCUUCCAGUUGUAAUAUCUUCUGUCCAGGUAAGUUAGUGGUGGUCUGGCGGUGUGUUAGCUGGAUGUGAUUUUAUAUGUUUACAGUUCGCAGGAAAUUAGUCAUGAACUGUUCAUACUUUCUGUACUAUAUAUUAUAUGAGGCAACUUGAACAUUUUUAUCUUUCCUCCGUUUUAUCUUUGGCAAAAAUAGUGUGGCCUUAAUUGCAGUUACUGUGUAAU